AUGGAGGAGACAGCCUCUGUGCACUGCAACUUUGAGGACAGAGAGGAAGACAGUGUCAUUUUGGCUCCCCUUUUCUUUUCAAACCGAGAGGAGUCUGGUGAUAACUGGGUAGUGACCUGGCCCUCCCUAUCCCUAGUGGCAGCACUAGAGCUCAGGUCUGUGGACCUACACAGAGCCAGGAACAACAAGGAGCACCACACUCAGGAGAUGGGCAUGGAGCGCCUCAUCCUGCGCCGAGGCCAGCUCUUCAGCCUCCAGCUAAGCUUCAGCCGGCCCUUCCAGCCGCACAGUGACCGCAUUGCUUUCGUGGCUGAGACAGGCCCUGAGCCCUCUGAGCUGCUGCGGACCCGAGCCAAGUUCUUCUUCAUACAGACCGGGCCCAGGAACAGAAACACCUGGCAUGUGUCUGACUUCACUCUUGACUCCACCUCUCUCCAAGUCUCCCUUUUCACACCAGCCAGUGCGGUCAUUGGUCACUACAUGCUGAAGAUAGAGAUUGCUCAGAGCCAGGGCCCCAGUGUGACCUACCCGAUGGGCACUUUCAUCCUGCUAUUUAACCCUUGGAGCACAGAUGAUGAUGUGUACCUGCCAAGUGAAACACUGCUGCAGGAGUAUAUCAUGAGGGACUAUGGCUUUGUUUACAAGGGUCACGAAAGUUUCAUCACCUCCUGGCCCUGGAACUAUGGGCAGUUUGAAAAGGACAUCCUAGAUAUCUGCUUUGAGAUCCUGAACAAGAGCCUGCACUUUUUGAGGGACCCAGCUAAGGACUAUUCCCAGCGGAACGACGUGGUAUACGUGUGCAGGGUGGUGAGCGCCAUGAUCAACAGCAAUGAUGACAGUGGUGUGCUGCAGGGGAACUGGGGCGAAGAUUACUCCAAAGGCACUAGCCCACUUGAGUGGAAUGGCAGCGUGGCCAUCCUGCGGCAGUGGUCAGCUCAGGGCGGGCAGCCUGUGAAGUUUGGACAGUGUUGGGUCUUUGCCUCAGUGAUGUGCACCGUAAUGAGAUGCUUAGGUGUCCCAACCCGUGUUGUUUCCAAUUUCCAUUCUGCACACAACACGGAUGGAAACUUGACCAUUGACACCUACUACGACCAAAAUGCAGAGAUGCUUCCAACUCAGAAACGAGACAAAGUCUGGAACUUCCAUGUCUGGAAUGAGUGCUGGAUGAUCCGGAAAGAUCUUCCACCAGGAUACAAUGGGUGGCAGGUCCUAGACCCCACUCCUCAGCAAACCAGCAGCGGGCUGUUUUGCUGUGGCCCUGCCUCUGUGAAGGCCAUCAGGGAAGGAGACGUCCACCUGGCUUAUGACACCCCUUUUGUGUUUGCCGAGGUGAACGCAGAUGAAGUCAUUUGGCUCUUUGAAGACGGUGAAGCCCGGGAAAUCCUCGCCCACAACACCAAUUCCAUCGGGAAGGAAAUCAGCACCAAGAUGGUGGGGUCAGACCAGCGCCAGGACAUCACCGGCUCCUACAAGUAUCCAGAAGGAUCCCCUGAGGAGCGGUCUGUAUUCAUGAAGGCUUCCAAGAAAAUGCUGGCACAGGAAAGGGGCUCCUCAUCCCUCCUGGAUCUUCUGGGCUCUGCGGCCUUCAAGGCUCAGCCCGCACAGCUACGGCUUUACCCAGCCAGGGCCCCAGUGUGGGGCCAGGACCUGCUCCUCAACCUGCAUGUCCAGAGGGUGCAGGACAGUGCCCACCCUGGAGGUCCCAUCAGGCUGGAGGUGCGGUUCUGUGCCCAGGCCCUGCUGCACGGGGGCAGCACAAGGGAGCCGCUCUGGAAGCAAGCAGUGCACCUGGACUUAGACUUUGGGAAAGAGAUACACUGGCCACUCCUGCUGCCCUACACCAAUUACAGAAACAAGCUGACCGAUGAAAAGCUGGUCCGCGUGUCUGGCAUUGCCAAGGUUGAAGAGACAGGGUGGUCGAUGCUGGUCCUAAAAGACCUCUCUCUGGAGCCUCCACGCUUAUCUAUUGAGGUGUCUAAGAGAGCCGAGGUGGGCAAGGCCCUGACAGUCCACAUCUCACUCACCAAUACACUAACAGUGGCCCUGAGUAACUGCACCAUGGUGCUGGAGGGAAGUGGUCUCAUCCACGGGCAGAUAACAGAAGACCUCGGCACUCUGAAGUCUGGAGACACCAUCCAAAUUCACCUGGACCUCUACCCCAGCAAGGCCGGGGCCCGCCAGCUCCAGGUCCUCAUCAGCAGCAAUGAGGUCAAGGAGAUCAAGGGCUACAAGGACAUCUUCGUGGCUGCAACUGCAACUGCCUGAACCAGACCCUGCCUUCCUGGUGCCCCUCAG